GCAGAUCAGUGCACAGAUACAACAUGAGUCUGUGCCAUACGUCCAAACUGCUGUAUGCCAACUGCACAUUCUGACUCAAACCCAAAUGGCUUCAAAUCUGGAGACUCUGACCACCGGCAGCCCCUCCAUGAGCUGCCGACCCCUCACUGGAGCAGAGGCAGAAGGCCUCGCCUCGCCUCCCUGGUCGGUUGACUCUCCGGAGUGGUGUCAGGAACAUGGAGAGAGUCUGUCUAUGUUCUGUUUGGAUGACCUGGAGCCUUUGUGCAAACAAUGUGCAGCUGUGAACCAUGCAGGACACAGAGUUUACCUCCUGACUGAGGCUGCAACUGACUGCAAGGAGGAGCUCAGAACUUCACUAAAUGGACUGAAGAAGAGGAAGACUCACUUUGAGAAGGUCACAGAGACUUGUGACCAUGCAUCCAGACACAACCAGGCUGAGGCCAAACUCACAGAGGAGUUAAUGAAAAAGGAAUUUGAGAGUCUUCACCAGUUUUUAAGAGAGGAGGAAGCAGCCAGGCUAUGUGCAGUCAGGGAGAAACAGGAUGAGAAGAAGAGGGAGGCAGAAGAGCAGAUAGACAGAAUGAAUCAGGUGAUCAAGUCUCUGGAAGAGAAGAUCCAGCUGAUUGAGGAGGAGUUGGAUGCAGGAGGAGAUGGGGUUCAGUUCUUAGAGCAUUACCAGGACACAAUGAGUAGCACAUGGACAGGUAGCAAGGAGCCACAGAAGGUUUGCAGACCUCUGUUAGAUGUGGCCGAGCACCUCGGUAACCUCCAGUAUGCCGUGUGGGAAAAGAUGAAACACAUCGCCCCCUACACUCCAGUCACCCUGGACCCCAGGACAGCUGGCCAGUCUCUGAGGGUGUCUCCUGAGUUAAAUAGUGUCAGUUUUAUCACUGGACCUUCACAGAGGCUGGAUGUUGCUGUCCCAGCUAACCCCGAACGUUUCCACCCUUAUUCCUGCAUUCUGGCAAGAGAGGGCUUUGACUCAGGAGUGCACUGUUGGGAUAUUGAGGUUGGUGACACCAGUAAUUGGACAGUUGGUGUAGCUGCUGAGUCAGUGUCCAGAAGAACAGAGUUUGAGGCCUGUCCAGAGGCAGGACUCUGGUGUAUCAGCCUGCGAGAUGGCAAGUACAGAGCUCUGACCACUCCCUCUCAAGACCUGAAUCUCGACAACUCAAACCACCUUAGCAGAGUCCGUGUGAGGCUGGAAUGUGAUGGAGGGAUGCUGGCAUUCCUGAACGCUGAUGAUGAAACACAUCUUUUCACGUUUAGAUAUGUCUUUACUGAAAAGGUGUACCCAUACUUUGAGAGUAUAUCAUUGGGUGGGGGUCUUGCUGUGUUGGCACAGAAUGUGAACAUCAGCGUGGGGUCUGAUCAUGUCUUUGUGGGAGACACUGCUAUCGCUGAAGAACAUCCGAUAAUGAAAAGUGAAUCUUGCAGAGAGGGUGAUAUUAAAACUACAUUGACUAACAGCAACAGUGAGAUGUCAGAGUGCGGACGUGUGACUAAAGACAAAAACAAUCAGCUGAACAAAUCAGACCAACAGACCAAACACACCACAAAGGAUCAGCUCAUUCAAAUAAAACCCACUGGAAAGGAAAAGACAAAAGGAAACAGACCUGCUGUGAAAAAACAGAGCAGCAAGCCCAGGUUCAGUCUGACCUACCAUAUCUCGCUGAACUCAGCUAAACAUCAUGAUCAAUAAAUCUGUCAGUCACAAACAACUCCGGAUGAAUCAUGUUGAUCAUCUGGUUUAUUAUCCUUGUGAUAAAUGACAAGAGCAUGUCGUGAUUUAUAGUGAAUUAAUAAUAAUGGCAUCUUUUACAUUGAUUUAAGUGUUAAGUAAGUUUUUAGGUAGCAGCUAGUUCCUGUCAGGAUGAAUUGUAACCAAUCUGAUGAUCCCUUGACUUUUGCUUUAGUGGCAUCUCAUCAGGUAAAUAUACCUGCAUCACUGUGCUGCUGUGAUCAAGUGCAGCCGCUAGCAUAUACUACUGUACUGUACUCUUAGUCUUGUUUAUAAUACAUUGAUAACUGAUCAGAUUAGGUAGAGUGGAUUUUGUUUCUGCAGUGUGAUGAAACUGUAUAUAUUUGCUGUGUGCUCAUCAGUAUCGCAACAACAGAGGAUAAUUACUUAUAGCUUAUUUCUGAAUUUGACUUUAAAUGAAAAGCUGCAUGUUUAGCUCUAUUUGUCCAUUGUGUUUUCAGGUGAAGCUUAUUGUUAUAGGUUAGAGGUAUUUUACUGGGCAUGAAAUAGCACUGACAAAAUGA